AUGGGCGGGCCGGCAGACCUGAUCGUGUCCUUGCAGACCUACUCGGAGCACGCGUCGCCGCUGAUCUUCCUGUCCACGAACCCCGACGAGCCCCCGUCCUUCAGGAGGCACGACGCGUCGUCGUUCUCGCAGUGGCGCGAGGACGCCGUGGGCGACCACUACGUGUCCGCGAGAGCGGUCGGCCCCCGCGGAGGGGCGCUGGUGCUGGUCAACUUGGACCGGUUCGGCAAGGAGGAGCUCGAGGGCAUCUUGCACAUCAAGUGCUCGUACAUAGUCGCAUUCGACACGCUCUUCUGGAACCACCUGCGCAGCACCAGCGUGUGCCCGUCGGGGCUGCACCUGGACCCGUCCAACAGCGUCGUUGCAGGCGAGCAGUUCUGCUCGGGCCACGGCGCCUGCGAGGCGGAGGGCCUCUGCAAGUGCGACGCCAGCUACGCCGGGACCGCCUGCGAGCACGAGGACCGCAGCGUGGACGAGGUGCAAGCCGACGGCAGCUUCCAGUUCCAGGUGCCGUUGGGCCGCUACCAGUACUUCCGUGUGCGGGUGCCGGCGAGCUUCGAGGGCGGCUUCCUGGAGGUCGAGAUUCGCUCGGAGGCCCCAGUGAUCGUGCUCGUGCGCGGCGACGACCUGCCCGACGUCCGCGACUUCGACCUCAGCAACUUCGACGACUGGCUGAACCAGCGCAAGGACUCGACCCUGAAGUACAAGGUGAAGGCAGGCGGCUCGCCUGGGAACGGCGAGGCCGACGCCGACGAUGGCGAGGCGGUGUCGGAGGUGAGCAGGCGCCUGGGCCCGCCGCGGGAGCUGCAGAACGCCUCCGCGGGCAGCGGCGCUGCGAGGCGGCUGCAGGCCAACAUGGACUGCAUGGGGAUGUACCCAGGGCCUCCCAUGGAGGGCCCGAAGUGCGAGACGUCGCAGUUCGGCCGGUGCAAGGACCAGUGUGCCGCCUGCGCGGCCUGCACCCGGGACGACGCCUCCGGCGCGGACUGCGCGACCUCGUGCGCUGUCUGUACGAACGAAGACUGCGUGGGGGCGCUGGCCGUGUGCGCUGGCGAGCUGAGCUGCACGGGCGCCGAGAAGGCCCAGUGCGACGCGGACUGCGGGCAGUGCACGGCCUGCUUCGGCCACGACGCAGGCGACUGCCGCGGCUGUGAGUGCUGCAUUGGGUGCCUGCCGCUGGCGGCCAAGUGCGGCGGAUUCAAGGCGAGGCCGGCCGACUACAACGCCUACGUGUUCGUGGGGAUCUACGCGCACCCGCGCGGGCUGCAGGACCGGAGCGGGACGCCCAGCGACGGUGCCAAGAUCCAGGCAUCUGCCACCAUCGCGCUGCGGGAGGACCCGGAGUUCGAGGACGUGCCUCAGAGCUGGGUGGCCGACCUGUACGACUCCUUCCUGGACCUCAGGCACCUGGAGAUCACGCACAGCCAGAAGUAUCCUUCGGGGGAGCAGUACAUCUACAACCUCUCGCUCGGCGCCAUCGAGAGCGACGCCCUCACCGUGCGGCUGUACAGGGACCGCAUGACGCUGAUCGAGGUGGAGAACACUGCGGGCGCCCGCUCAGUCGCGCUGCAGUUCUCCAAGGGCCCCAACGUCACCCACGUCCUCUCGGCCCUGAAGGCCCCCAAGACUGUCUUCGACUUCGACCAGGUAGCUUCCGCCGACGGGGACCUCGUCGUGAUCGAUACGGAGGAACCCACGAUCUGGUGCGCGCUCUUCGGGGCUGCCGACGGCGAGCUCCAGCUGGUCGCGAGGACGUACGGCAGCCACCACCACGGGCUCCCCGCGAUAGGCACCGCGCUGGCCGUGGUCCUCGCCGUGGGGUGCGGGCUCGCGCUGCUGGGCGCGGUCUUCGGGGGCGUGCGCUCGAUCGGCGAGCGCCUCGGCGUGGACCCCUCCGCGCCCAUGAGCGACCGCCUGUCGGCCCUGGUGCGGCUGAGCUCGGCGCAGCACGAGAGCACGCUCAGCCUGACCAGGGUCGGGUCCAUGCAGGGCUACGUGGGCUCGGACGUCAUCGACCGGAGCGUCGAGGAUCAGUACCUGCACCGGGGCGGAAUUGGCGACGACGGCAUCUGA